UUUUUCCUAUUGUUUUGAAGGCGGCAUAAAGUGGAGCAAACCAAGGGGAAUGUGUUGGGAGUUUUUCAGGAAACUAUCAAAUAACCUUCUAAAUUACUCCAAAGUGUAUUCAUGUAGUCAGCUGUUGUAGACAUUCCUUUCAUUACAACUGCUGUGAUGUGGGAUAUAACACAUCCAGUGGACUGAUGGGGAAACUACACCCUCUGCUACUGCCAUCACCCCCCUUGAGAUGACCCCAGGAUAGUUGGAACAGUAGGAAUAACAGUAGGAAUUCCAUUAUUUGGGCCAAAGCAAGCCUGUUGUUCACGUUGGAAAAGAAAGUAUCCGUAAACUUCCAGUCUCCUCUCACAAUGCUGAUGUUGAUGUGCCUGCUGGCGCUGUGGGCAGGGAGCUGCAGUGCUCACAGCCUCUUCACCUGCGAGCCGAUUGAGGUUCAUCGCUGUAUGGGGCUGUCUUACAACAUGACUUUCUUUCCCAACAUGAUGGAGCACUAUGAUCAGGAUGUCGCCGCCAGUAAAAUGGAGCCAUUUGUGCCCUUGGCAAAUCUUCACUGUUCUCCAAAUGUCCACCACUUCCUGUGCCAAGCCUUUUUCCCAGCAUGCACGGAGGAGAACACAGUGCUUCUCCCAUGUCGAGAGGAGUGUGAGGCUGUUCUAUCCGGUUGUCAGGAGGACAUCCGAGUUUUCGGUAUCAUCUGGCCUCCAGAGCUACAGUGCAACAAACUUGACUCAUGUGGCUUUCUGGGUGGUUCCAAUCUACCUGCAACCACCCCAAUGAGCUCCACAUCUGCUAAGAGAGACCUGGGCUUUUGGUGUCCGCUGCAGUUGAAAACUAAACCUGGCUAUGGUGCAUCGUUCUUGGGCGCUCAGGAUUGUGCUCCGCCUUGUUCCAAUAUGUAUUUCAAACCCCAUGACAUUGAAUUUGCCAAAAACUUAAUUGGCGUUUGCUCUAUCAUCUGCUUGGCUGCCACUCUCUUCACCUUCCUUACGUUCCUCAUUGAUGUCAAACGCUUCCGCUACCCUGAGCGUCCCAUAAUCUUCUACGCCGUCUGCUACAGCUUUGUGUCGCUUAUGUACUUCAUUGGCUUCCUGCUGGGUAACAAUGCAGCCUGCAGCACGCCGUCCCAUCCUGCCGGCGUGGAUACCGUCGUCUUAGGUUCUCAGAGCAAAGGCUGCACUCUGUUUUUUAUGUUCCUGUACUUCUUCUCAAUGGCUGGCAUCGUCUGGUGGGUCAUACUCACCAUCACUUGGUUCCUGGCAGCUGGGCCUAAAUGGAGCUGUGAGGCUAUAGAGAAGAAAGCGGUGUGGUUCCACUCUGCUGCCUGGGGGAUCCCCGGUGCCCUAACAGUCAUGCUGCUAGCCCUGAACAAGGUUGAAGGCGACAACAUUAGCGGGGUUUGCUUUGUGGGACUGUACGAUCUGGAUGCCCUGCGCUACUUUGUUAUCGCUCCCGUGUGCGUGGGCGUCAUCGUCGGGCUCUUCCUCAUCCUCGCCGGCAUCGUUUCUCUGAACCAUGUGCGACAGGUUAUCCAGCACGACGAGCGCAACCAGGAGAAGCUCAAGAAGUUCAUGAUCCGCAUCGGUGUGUUCAGCUGCCUCUACUUGGUCCCGCUGGUCACCCUGUUAGCAUGCUACUCUUACGAACAGAGUUACCGCAGCACAUGGGAGAACACGUGGAUCAACGAUCGAUGCCAGGAAUACAGCAUCCCCUGUUCGUACAAGACAACAGUGCACAAGCGUCCAGACCUUUCUCUGUUCUUGGUCAAGUACUUGAUGACCCUGGUGGUUGGAAUAUCGGCAGUGUUCUGGGUCAGCAGCAAAAAGACCUGCUCCGAGUGGGCCUACUUCUUCAACAGGACUCGCAAAAGAGAUCCAAUCAGCGAGAGCCGCCGGGUGCUCCAGGAGUCCUGUGAGUUCUUCCUCAAGCAUAACAGCCGUGUCCAGCACAAGAAGAAGCACUAUAAGUCAACCUCCCACAAGCUCAAGGUUGUCUCCAAAUCAAUGGGCACUAGCACCGGCGCCGCACCAAACGUUGCUUCCACUGGCGGAGCUAAUCAAGGAGCAAACUUACCUCUGGGAAAUCAUGAGCAUCCCGCCCAAGGCUCUGUGAGGGCGCACCUGGACAAAGGCACCUCUAGCCGAAGCUCCAAGCACAAUGACAAGGAGCGGGAAGGGGGAGAAAGACGUAGCAAAGGGGGGAGCUCAGGCAAGAUCAGCAGCCCUUCUGAGAGUUUACACAGCAGAGUACCAGAUGCAAGGAUGACUCCAAAGAGCGAGCCGUCAGACGCCAGACCAGUUCCCAUCGUACAACAGCAUCCAGCUUCAAGCUCCCAAGACUGCACCCACCAGCAGGUGCCCGAGGUGUCCGAGGAGAGCAAGGACACAAAAGACAGUAACUGCUGAG